ACCGUCCGAGAGCCUACUGAGCUUCCAAGUGACCUUAAUGCAUCCUGCCAAGCGACAGCGCCGUUCCAAAUCCGUGGUAUCUGAUGAAACAGGACGGGCGGGCAGCCCAAGCGACUACAAAUCUGCGUCUGAGGCAGACGCCAGCGACGCAGGGACCGAUGCAUCUCCCGACACCGAAGACGAAAUCGCAGACGCCAAGCGCCAGAAGUCCAAGAAAACGCUCAAGCGCAAACACCGCGCGACGGACCCCUCCAACUUUGGCGCCACGUUACAGUCUCUGCUUGACACCAAUGUGGCUUCCGACCUCCCUCUCUCCCUGAAGCCUUCUGUCGCGAGGAAGCGGAACGAACAGAAACUGGAGCAAAAGGCCAAGCGAGUUCUACAGAUAGAAAAGAAGGAAAAGGAGGAUAACAGGAGGAUACGGGACGUGAUCGGUGGAUGGGGAGGGGAAAGUGAACGGGCGCUACGGAAAGUCGCCCAGCGGGGAGUCGUCAAACUAUUUAACGCUAUCCAGCAAUCCCAGGCAGCCGCCGCGGUGGCAGAGGAGGAGGCGAAGGCUUCCCGGGGGACUGGGAAACCUUCUCUACCUGCGCCUGCCUUGGACAAGAUAUCGAAAACGAAAGGCAGGAAGAAAGACAACGUGAUCGGUCGUGCAAAAUCAAGUAACCUCGAGCAGGAGGAUUUCAUGGAUAUAAUCCGCUCAGGAGGUAUCGUAGCGAAGUAAGCCAUUGCCUCAAGCGCAUGGAAGCGGUAUUGAGAGUUCUGCAUCUGUUGCCUCGACCAUAAAUGGCAAAAAAUAACUAGCAGCAAGGCAGGUAAUUUAGAGCUCGUCAAGAGAAAGGUGCCGAAGGGAUAGAUUGAACAUCUCGUUCCGCCGAUUCGCGGACAUGAUCACUGCUCAAUGCACGGUCGCGCCGUUCGCGGCUUACUGUCAGUGAUCGCCGUGUAAUGUACUGAGUACAAACGCUAUGACUCUAUGAGGUAGC